GGAAGAGGAAUUCACGGCAGAAAGCCGUCCAAGAACACACACCACAUGUCCAACAUAGCUACUGCGAUUCACAUCAAAGAGAGCUCGGAUGCCUCAUCGGGCCCUGGCAAGCUCGCACACUCCGUCGUAUGCACAAAGUCCCCCGGCUUAUCGUGGGCCUUUUUCAGGUGCUGGCCAAGGUAUUUGUACGAUUUGCCGCAGAUCUUACAAUAGUACUCGCCAUCACUGCGUACCCAUUGCACACAUCACACAGGUGAUGGCUGCGUGCGCGUCUCCUGUGCAUUCUGCCUACCUGUUGGGACGGCCCCACAUCGACUUUUUGGUAGGACUGGCCCUCAUCCCACCACGCUGCAUCAUACACAUCAUGUGUUCAGUUAACACGCUCUCUUGUGUCUCCGUUUACCUUCUGCAUCGACUUUCUGUAGCCCUCAUCGCCGUGCUUCCUCCUCUGGGCGUCACAGCUUUUGCUCGCAACCUGACACACACACAUACGCCGUCCAUGUCUCUCUCUCUCUGUUUGUGUGUGUGUGUGUGUGUUGGUAUGUCGGUGUCUUUCGACCGUGCUCAUGUGCGCGCAGAAUGCCGCCGGCCCGCCCAGGUUGGCUAUCUGUGUUUCGAUGCCGAUGGGGCCGGCGAUGAGGCCGCCGGUGCGGCCAAUCUGACCCACACACACCACACACACGAAACACACAAUCCAUCUGUCUGUCUGUCUGUCUGUAUGUGGGUGUCUUUCGACCGUGCUCAUGUGCGCUGAGAAUGCCGCCGGCCCGCCUAGGAUGGCCAUCAGAUUGGCGGCGCCGGUGUGGCCAAUCUGAUCCACACACACACCACACACACACACCACACACACACACCACACACACAAUCCAUCCAUGUCUCUCUCUCUAUGUGUGUGUGUCGGGGGUGUUGUGUGUCAGCUGACAUUGGAGAAGUGCUGGUGGAUGGCCGCCGGCCCGCCCAGGUUGUUCAUCAGAUUGGCGGCGCCGAUGGGGCCGCCGAUGCGGCCGCGGUGGGUACGCAAGUCGCUCAGCAGCUCCUCACCGGAACUCCAGAAAUAUCCCUCGCCGGUACGGAAGACGGGCAUAACGCGGUGCGGCACCGUAUAAUUCGCUGCGUAUAGGGCAGAGCAGAUGGCGAGGUUUUUCUCGUACUCCUUCAGCGUGUCGCUGUCCUCCAACAGCGGGAAUGACAUCACGCGCUUGAUAUAGCCGGGAUGAAGGGUCCGCCCAGAACGCAUCCCGAGCUGCAGUGCCGCAGACAGAUAUAGACGCAUCUGGAUGCUAUGUAUCUUACCUACCUUGUCGAAUAUAGGCUUUGUGUGUUUCUCUGCGUCUUCGCCGACGAGCAAACCGUAGCGCCUCAGGUGUCGGUGUGCCCUGGUGAACUCUAAAAGAGCUUAUGAAUUGGAUAUGAGUCAAUGGUACUUGUGACAUAACAACAAACUUCUCAAUCUGUUCAAUGCUGAACCACUGGUUGCUUGCAUCAUGAUAACGUAACCUUCAUUUCAUUGACCACACAGAGCCUGUUGUGUUCGCCAUCGCAUUGUGCGUGCGAUAGCACUGCAUUCAUUCACCGCAUUCGGUAUCAUCCACCCCACCAGUCAGUCCCUCCCAUCCCCCCGAUCCGAUCCCCGUGAUCGACGCUGUGCUGUGCUAUGGUGCGAUGCUGUCUGUCCUAUCGACACACAUCCAUCCAAACUUGACGGAGGCAGGCACAAGAAAAGCACACACCAGCAUCCAUCACAUACAUCAAGACACUUGUGGGUGGGUGGCGACGGAUGGACACCGUUGUGACAUGUACGCCCACGCCUCGCUCGAUUGCUCGUCAAAACCCGACGGACACCGGGCCAGAGCCAGCAGCCUCUCUGCACACUACACUACUAAAGGCACAGAUUAG